ACGAGGAAGGAGGGGGGGAUCGGUUUGUUAGGUGUCCGAUCUUUCCCGACAGGAGUCGAGUGUGUCCGAGUGCUCGACAUAUUUUGCACGUCUUCCAAAUGUUGAGCCCGAGUCGCCGAGUGCAGCCGCAGAAGCAGCAGUAGAAGCGGUAGCAUCUCUCGAGGAGGGCGAGCCGUGAAGUGGAGGGAGAGGGAGACAGUGGGAGACCCACGCAGCAGCAGUAAGCAGCACUGCAGGGCUUCCUCUGCAGACUCCGCCAAGCAUCCUGCAUCGUCGUCAUCAUCCAGACUGCCUUAACGAGGUGCUACAAAGAGCCAGGAUGAGGACAGCCGGUGUCAUCACACUCACCUUUCUGCUUGCCACAGUUCUGUCAGUCUCUGGUAAAGUCAAUGAGGAAUCCAUGACGUUGUUCCACGGUGAGGAUUUCCACAUCAUGCUGCACGCCAGCGACCUGGAGGUGAUUUUUCGCAACAGGUCGGCUCCACGCUCCCCCGAUGUGGUCCUGAUGCGGGCCGGCCAAGUGGUCAACAACAGGGCCAAAAUUAACACCCACUACAGGUACCUUAUCAUCGACUCUGUGGGCGAAGGAGACGAGGGAGUGUACACCGUAAAGAACCCAGAGGACCCGGAGGAUGUCAGACGCAUCUCACUUAUAGUUCGAGAUUGUACUAACGAGCAGACCGUUAAAUAUGGGGAAAAUUACCGUAUGCCGCUGUUGGGGGUGACAGCCCCCAUCACCUUGGAGUACAGGCCCAGCGCUGUGGAGGCCAACCUGACAGCCAGACCUGCCCUGGUGCUGCUGACAAGCACGGGCGUGGCCAGAGAGGGCUACAAGGGUCGAGUCAGCGUCAGUGACCACCAUGUCGUCCUGAAGACAGCGACGGGGGCGGACGAGGGCAGCUACACCAUCAGGGACGCUCGAGGCAGUAUUAAGAGGAAAGUGUGUCUCCACGUCAUCGAGCACCAGAACUUUGAGAACCUGCUUCAUGGGGAAAAGCUGAAAAUCAACCUGAUGCUCAACAGCUCUUUGGUGCACUUGUACUACAGCCCUGACACUGACCACACACCCCGCCUGCUGAUGGAUAAAGGGGAAUUUACACAUGUCCAAACAGAGCUGGGCUUUGAGGGCCGCCUGUCCAUGGAAGGGUCACAGGUCAUCUUGGAUAAGGUCAAGCGUUCUGAUGAAGGUCUGUUCAAAGUUACUGACAUUCUGGGAUUCCCUGUGUCCAGCAUCCACUUGGAACUAAAACCCUACAAGCUGGAGUCUCUCUAUGUCGCCAUCAUCGCCCUGCUGGGCCUGCUGGUCUUCCUCCUGCUGGCUUGCCUGCUGUCCUGCCUGAUCAAAGUCAAGAAGAGGGCCAAGAGGGCCGCCGCCUUGGAGAAGAUUGCCCAGAAUGCUGGCAAGGAAGAGGAGGGAGAGGCCUUCAGACAGGUGGUAAAGAACAUCACCAAGCUCAGUGAGGAAUCCAAGCAUUCCCAGGCGGACAACACAGAGAAAUCUCAGAGCACUGAGGUGGACAUUAAAGGUCUGGAGGUGUCUUCUAAAGAGGUUGGCAUUGGUAACCUUGACACCAGUGACUCUGGUGUUGGCUUUAACACCGCUCUCCCGCUGGACACUGACACUGACGCCCCCGAUCAAAUCCCUGACUCGGAGGCUGUGAGCAUCUCUGUUGCCCCGGAAACCAAGUCACCAGCAGCUAUGGAAGUAAAACCAAGUCCACUAGCUGAAACCAAAGCAGUCCCUGAGACCAAGAAAACCCCCGAUCAUCAGUCGGUCAACUUGGACGUGCCCAAAUCAGCGGACGUAAAGCCCAGUCCAGUCUCAAGUCCGGAACCCAUGAAUGCCGUCAGUCCAGCUGAUCUGAAACCUGCCGCCACCCUAAAAGCCACCAGCCCGGGAGCACCAGAAUCCAAUAACAUUCCUUUUGCACCUGAUCCAACCGAGAACUCCAUGCCGACCGCACCAGAACCCAUCCCCAAUUGCACCCCCGAGCCAGGCCCGGAUCAAGCAGAUCUUAUCGGAGGUACCUCCUAAAAAAAGUGAAGUGAAUCCGGAUAAACCAAAGUGGGCAAAUGUGAAGAUCCCACCACCACCGCCACCACCACGUUAGAACUGUCCCUACAAAUACCCAAGGGGAACCUAACCCUGCAGAUCCUCACCUUGCACCAUCACUUUUUAGAGAAACACCUCCUCUAAAAAAGUGGGACGUUUGUUGACCUUGUCUAAUGCCUGAGCAUUGUGUAAACUUACAUUAUUUUAUCUCACGGAAACCUUUGGAUUGUUACACAUCUAAAGUGGGGUACACACGCAUAUAGCCGAUGUUCUGAUGACUUAAUACCCGGGCUGACCUACAAGUGGCAGUAACGUAAAUAGAAGCGAGGCUAGCUGUGCGCUUACCUGCUAACUCCAUCGAGGCGGUACAUCUUCUCGUCAUUUCUAUUGUGAUACAAGUGGUAUGACACUCAUGUUUGCCACAUUUCAAAAAGUGUAGCCUCCCUUACUGUACUUUGUCUAACUUUGAGCAGCCCGUUGUUGCCGAUCGCCGUCUUUUGUCUUCAUAUACUUCCGCCUUCUUCCGGAUUGGCUCACUCCGUGACAGUCAUAGGCCAGGCCCCAACCUUGGCGAAAUAAAUAUAUUAAAAAAAUGUUUAUUAACAUAUAUUUCUGUUGUUUUCCGAGCAGAUGAGGACGUGUAAAGUCACUCUUAACACAUCAGAGGAUAACAUAUAAAUCAUCGUCCAUAUUGUCUUUAUGUGUGUGCCCCCCGCUUUAGCUGCACAUUUCUUGCAGCCUUUUAUCUUUUUUAAGAUGUAAAAAAAAGUGCCAGACUGCAAAUGAAAUCCUUUGCAGAGUUUACAAUUAGAACGUCCACAUAAGGUAUCUUCUAAUGGUAUUUCACUAAAACAUCUUAAAUUUGGCCUCACCAUAACACUGAAUGCCUAUUUACGUACUAGCAUGCAAAAUAUGCAAAACAACAAAAAAAAAGCAGCUCUUUUUGAUGUCAACGUCACCCAUGAUAUGCAAUCACAUUUAGAAAACAACAACCAGGUAGGUUAUACACAACUUUAAAACACAGCAAUUUUACCAUCACCACUAUUAGUUAAAUGCUGCAUUCAAGGCUACUGGGAAAUCAGAAAUAUGAAGUUUUUAAAGUCGGAUUUAAGCAAGAAACAUCGCUGACGACUGUGACUCAAGCUAAUAUUUGUUUUAUUUAGGAACAGCGUAUGGAAUGAAUAGACAGCCUAUGAACAAAUCACACAAAUGUCCACGCUGUACUGGUUGUGGUAAGUUGUCAUAUCUACUAAAACCAGAAGCGGUGGGAUAAUGAGUUGAAAAUGAGUUUACAACAUACUGUAUACUGUAUUUAUAGAGCGCUAUCUCUCACGGUACAGUAUUGAUAUACCAACAACAGAUAUCGAUUGAUGACAGUUAAUGACGAGUUUGCCAUUUUAACAUGAUGUCCAUCAUUUGAUUACGUUGACGUCCGCUUAUCGCUUAUUGAGUAUCCUCAUUUGUUGGUUUUCCGCAAUUUAUCACAGAGAAAAACUGGUGCAAUGGAAUAAUAUUGAUAUCAUUGACAAAAUAUCGCAAUAAUAUAGUAUCUUGAGUUACUCUGCAGUUCCUACUUCUACAAUAAAUGUAGUUUAUAAACUAAUUCAUAUCAUCUCUUUGGGCGCCGCCAUUGUUGUGUAAUUUCAGAUUUUGAAUUUGCAAGAAGGUAAAUUAAAAACUCGCAGUUUUGUAGAAAGCAACAAAACGACUGAAGUGUGUUUAGCCGUUUAAAUGAAAUGUGAAGGUCAUUCUCAACUAGAAAGAGCUGAUAGUUUGGAACCGUUUGGAAAAAACACAGUUUGAAGGUGGUCGUCAAGCCAUGUUGUCCCGUUCUGAUAAAACUGCAACCAUGGCAAAGCCAUGCUAAUUGCUAGGGCUCCAUUGCUCACAAGCUUUUCCUCAUCCUGCCCCUUUACUGACACCCCUCUAAGGAUGCUGAUUGGUCUGUUCAUUUUUUUGCGGUAAAUGACAAUAUUAGCUUUUUUCCUCUAGCAUUUUGUUACUUCUUUCAGGCAUUAUUUUACUUCCUACGGCAAUAUGAAGAUUUAAAAAAAACGAUCUGUCAUCCUUUAUAUUGUAGCUCAGGGGGUUCUCAACCAUUUUGACUAAAAUAAUUAGCACGUUUGUCAUCCAGCACUGAGCAGUGAGUUAUUUUUUUUACAUUAUUGUUUUUGCUGACAAAGGCCAGUGCUAAUGUUCUUCUAUGUUAUUUUUGAAAUAAAAUUUGUUUAUCAAACAUAUUAUUUCUAUAUCGAUAACCACUUACAUCAAAUUAAAUGUAGCCGUUUAUAUAUGCGGCCUGGCUCAGCCCUGCCCACGGCCCAUUACUGGUCCACGCCCCACUGGUUGGGAACCCCUCCUGUAAAUGACUCAUUUAAUGUAUCCGAAAUAGUAUUUUGUCAUCGCUCCAUCUAGAUUUGUCAAACUUGACUUUGUUAUUCAGUUAACACAAUCUUGCUACAGAUAUAUGUGUGGUCAUGUGACUAACACAUGCCUCUACCUCAUGGAAAACUAAUGACAGUCCAAUUUGGGUGUGUUGAUAUUGACCAAAACAAAAAUGGAUUAACAGUAGAAGCACAGAAAAAGAACAUGCGUGAUCAGUCAACUACAGAAAGUAAGGAAGAAUUCUAUUAAAAUUUCCGAAUGGAUUUGUGAUAUCAGAAAAUAAUUCAGCAUUUACACACUAAAGCCAUAAUAUUUACAUGAAGGUUCGACUUGAUGCUAAAUAUGAACUGAUAUAUCCAAAAAUAUGUAAUACAAAACGUGCCUCCAUGUUAAAUGGCCAAUGGUGGUCUAUGAAUGGACAAAAGCCUGGCAUUCUGGCUAAAAUUAACACUAAAUAUAUCUGUGGGAAAAAAAAUGCAUUUCAAAGACGCGAACACACACUCCAGCCUUGUAAAUAAUGCAUGUGUAAACACCUUUAUUAACCCUCUAAUUGAAUUUUGUGUAUGGAAUGGUUAUUGUAUCAUACUAAAUAAUAAAGAAGAAUUUACAUUUCUCACCAAUCAGAAUAUUUAAAAAAGUCUAUAUACGUAUAUAUAUAUAUAUACAGUAUAUAUAUAUAUAUAUAUAUACAUGCUAUACUAUAUCAACUAAUACACACUAAUGCAUCAAGCUAAUUUAAAAGGCAAACAAUGAAAUGUAUGGAGUCUAUAUUUGCUGUUUUCAGGGUUCUUAUCUGAUAUUAUUGCAAGCUCUCUCGCAGUAUUCCCAUGUUGUGUUCAAAUGUACCUGAUACCACUGAAUGCAGCAUGGCCACAGAAAACAUGCAGGCUUUUGUCAUCUUACACUUUAUAUACAGUAUAUGCGUGGGUGUGUUCAUCACAGGAGUGAUAAAGAUGUGUGUGUUUUGCCUGUAAUACACGCUUGUGUUUAGUGCACUUUCAUCUCUCCGUGUGUGUAUGUGUGUGUUGUGCGUGCGGGGUGUCGAUGUACGUGAAGAAAACCAAGUGUUGGUGUUCCACAAGUUAUGAGCGUGAAAAACAACAGUAAAUGUUGUUGUAACUUUGACUGUUUUCUUUUAUUUUUUAGUGCUGUCGGUGUAUUGGAUCAUUGGGCUUCUUUUCUGUCUGUUGCAGGCCCAUUUACAUAAUACAUUAUACUCACGAGCCAAAACAUGAGGUACACCUGCAAUUUUCUGGGGAUCCUUCAAAGAUAAACUCGUCCUGGAACAUUGCAGCCAUGGCCACCAAAUUUGAGCCACAUACACUAGACAAAUGGACACUGCCAAAUUGUGAAGAAUGUGAGUUUUCAAUAAAGCAUUUGGGCGUAAUGUGACACUAUCACGAUGCUCCGAUUUGUCAUAGUGGAUGCAGCUCAAUUAGCUGGGACUGAAUCAACAGUGCCUCUGCUGGUUGCAGUCAUGUAGUGCGCUCAAUCUUGCCCACAAUGUCUCGCCAUCGAAAAUUAUUUUAAUAUUAAAGGUCCCCUGUUAUAGUAUUUUUCACCAAUUUUAAGGUCCCAAGCCUUGCUGGGAACACAUAGGUUUGUGUGUUUGUUGCUUUAAUGCUAAUGAGGUCCACGCCGAUCUCCAGUGUGUGUCUCCAAGAAGCGCUAUUGUGCACUUUAUCCACUUUUUACAUAUACAUUGUAACUCUGCAAUUGUCCAACGUAGUAGAAGGCAUACGUGAAUCACAUACAACAACGUAACAUUAAGGAGUGGGACAGGACAGACACGUUAGCCGCAAUAGCAUAUUACCGUAUUCGCUGAAGAAAAACAGAAUGAUUCAACUUACAGCUCCCUUGUCUGCAGCUGACUGAUGGGUAGUUGGCAGAGCUUUAUUUUAAGAUGUGUAGCAAAGCCUUUUAAGCUGUCCUCCAUGAAGUGGUGGGCAUAUACAGUACAUCUAGCUCGGGGCGGGCCAGAAGCGGUAUCAUGUCCAUGAGGAAGGACCUUUUUCCUUAAUGACGUCAUGGAAACCCGCAAUGUCAAAAGCCACUGUUUAAAGGCCUCUUCUCUCAAAAGUGGAGCAAACAAGUGAGGGAGAUGAUAGCUUUUGGUGCUCAUAAACAGGCUUUGGAGACGCAUAUUACUGUUAGAACAUUAGUAAAACACCACUUUUGCAUAAUAGGGGGCCUUUAAUAUCAGACCUUGUAGCAUGUAGCAGAAGUUAAUAGUAGCAGGUUUUUAAAUAUUUGUUGUUUACUUUUUCUCAAGCUGCCACGCCAACCGCUAAGGUCCACUGGCACCCCCCGGAGAAGGUGCUGCUAUAGACCAUGAGAGAAGCAUGGUCCUUUGUUGCCAUAUUGUUUCAAGUAAUUGUUUUUUUUCCCCCCACUAAUACCACACAACCACUGUUGUGAAAGCCAAUACACUACAGUAUAUGUGUGUGUCUGUUUCUGUGUGCUGUGUGAGUGCUGCAAUGUCCAUAUGUUGUAAAAACAAACAAAAAAAAUCUUUAUAUCUUGAAUAUUUCAUGGCUUCAGAGAGCACCAAGAAUAAACAGGCAAUUAUGA